AGCGAUAAAUUAAAUUAUAAAAAACUUAGACCCUUCGAAAUUAUUAAAAAAGUUUUAUUAAUUAAUUUUAAAUUAAAACUUUUAAAUAUAAUACGAUACUACCCGGUUUUUUAUAUUUUAUUUUUAAAACUAAUAUUUAAAAACUUAUAUAUUAAAAAUUAUAUUAUUAUUAAACUUAAUAAAUUAAAAUAUAAAGUCGAACGAGUUAUCGAUUAUCAAAUUAAAAAAAAACAUAAAAAGUACCUUAUUAAAUAA